AUGCAUCCAACAAACCCAAUAACUGGUACAAUAUGUGCAAUUAUAUCAACUCUAACAUUUGGUUCGACCUAUGUUCCUUUAAAAUGGUUCGAUAAAUCUGAUGGUUUAUAUUUUCAAUGGAUUCAAUCAAUUGGUCAAUUAUUAAUUGGAAUAUUAAUUCAAUUAUUUAUUGAACCAUGUCCUUUACAUCCAAUUGCAAUGUUAAGUGGAAUGUUUUAUUCGAUUGGUAAUUCUUUGACUGUUUUUAUAAUGGAUGGAGUUGGAUUAGCUAUUGGAUAUUUGCUGUGGAAUACGGUCACUUGUUAGUUUUUCAAAUAAUACUGCAGAAAAAAGUUAUUUAUAAAUCAUUGAGAGGCAAUUAGAAAAAUAGUAAUUUUUACUGCAUUUUUAGAAGUACAGUAACCCUAAAUCAAUUAAUUUUUCCGAGAAAUUUUUUUAUAAAUUUUAAGCACUUUGGAAGGAACUGUGGGUACUGUAGAUAUUUUUUUCAAAAUUAAUUUCAGUUUUCUCACAUUUCAUGAAGAUUCUGAAAAAUAAACAUCGAAAACAUACGCUUUAAAAUACGGUUUUCACGGUGAAAAUAUUAGCUCUGGAAACUAAAUUGAAAUAAUUUCAAAAACUGAUCCAACUGUUUUUUUUUCGAAUUCCUUUAAAAAAUUGCAGGUGUGUGUGGUUGGGCUGUGACUCGUUUCGGUCUUUUCGGAAAUCCUCAACAACUUCCUCAUUCAAAUUGGCUCAAUAUUCUCGGAGUAAUCACAGUUUGUCUUGGCGGUGCAAUUUAUGCUCCCAUAAAACAUGUUCCAACAAAAGUUCGGCCAUCUCCGUGGACAGAAAUUGAUUCGGAAAAAGAUCAAGAAAAUGAAAUAGUUUUUCAUCGAGAAGUCAGUUUUUCUCGUCGAUUAUUAUGUUUGGUUCUCACAAUUUUUGUCGGUUUUCUUUAUGGAAAUUUUUUGACACCAAUUAAUUGGAUAAUUGCAAAUGAAGUUGGAUCGAGACAAGAUGUUGAGGCUUAUAUUUUCAGUUAUUGUGUUGGAUCAUUUUUGACAUCCACGGUUAUUUUUAUAAUUUAUGGAUGUAUUAAGAAAAAUCAACCAUUAAUUAAUCCGGAAUUAUCAUUACCAUCGAUUAUGUCUGGAUUAUUAUAUGGAACUGCUAUUACUACUUUUUUCAUGGCUAAUCAACAUCUUGAUCAGGUAAAGGAAGUUUUCAGGAAAAAAUUGAAUUCAAACCACGACGUUCAAUUUUUUAAAACUUGUUCCAACCCUCUAUUUUCUUGUUGAAUUUUCACAGUUUUCAUUUCCUGAAAAACUUCAAUAUUUUUUCAAGUUCGAGAAAAAAAAACUCACCAAACAUUUUGCAGGUAAUCGCAUAUCCAAUUCUCUCAAAAGCUCCCGGAAUAAUCGUCAGCCUUUGGGCAAUAUUUCUUUUCAAAGAAAUUCAAGGAAAACGCAAUAUUCUUCAAUUAUAUCUCGGUAUAUUUGUCACACUUUUGGGUAUUGCAUUCAUCUCAAUGUCAAAAGUUGAAUUUUGA